AUGUCUGCGACCAUCCACACCGCCGACCCAACGCCCCGGAAACCGGACGGGAAUAAGGAACCUUGGAAAUCACCGAGCAGCUUUGGCAGGACAGUUCGUCAGGGUGGUCAGUGCCUUUGGGGAACUGCUGGGUCAGAUUCAAGUGCACCUGGGACUCGGACACCGGAGGCGGUGGAAGAAGCAUGGGCAGCUGUGGAUGGAAAUUUUCCCUGUCAGCCACUGGCCACUGGUAACGGGGAGAUAAAUGCGGGCGGCGUUUUCCCUGGGACAACUCCUUCGCCCCGACACCGAUCGCCGGGAUCCAGCGGUGGGGUCCUAGCGAUGGGGGAGGUAUCCACUUUCGUCCUUGGUGCUGGGCGCUCAUUGCCCAGAGCAGCGGGUCGAGAGGGUUGGUGA